UUUGCAAAAUUAUUUAUUGCCUGACAAUGAGAUUUCCGCCGGAAGAACGAAUAAUGCCUUGAGCCAAGGUAGCCAGUGCAGGGAAAUUCACCGCGAGUCACGAAAUAGGAUUCCCAGGAGACCUCAGUUCGGAAUAUGUUUUAAGCGUUGUCAGUCGAUCGAACAAAAAUGUUGUCCCCCUCUGUUCUCUCCUUCUUCGUGACUUUUGUGUGCUGCGCCUUCGCGCAGUUUCAAAGUUUCUUGAGCGAUCCGUACGAGACUAAUGCGAUCAACUGUCCCGAUGACAAAAUAUGCAUUUUCGUCGAGAAUUGUCCAGCUAUCGCGAGCCUAAUGAACCAAAAUCUGCUUCACAUACACAGGUUUCGUCAAGCGAUUUGUGGCUACGACAAUGUCAAGGUAAAAGUUUGCUGUGAUUUAGAAAGCCGUGUUGAAAAUCCAGCGUUCGUUCCAGCGGAUGGUACACCGUUUAGGGGAUCAAACUUCAUUUUGGAGUGUGGAAAAAGUUUCGCCAGUAAUAAUUUCAACGCUUUAGGAGUGUAUCCUUUCGUUGCGAGGAUUGGCUUCUGCGGCACGACUGGGGAAACGAAGUACGCUUGCAGCGGGGUAAUUUUAAACGAACGAACAAUACUGACUACUGCAAGUUGUGCUCUCACAAAGAGCGAUGAUUAUAGAUUGAAUUUUGUACUUGUUGGGCAAUUUAAUCCCGAAACUGAUCCAGAGUGUACCGCUCGGAAAUAUAAUAUAUCGUACAUCAUAAAACAUCCAAAUUAUCAAACGGAUACAUUUGCUAAUAACAUAGCAAUGCUACGGUUGCGAGAACCAAUACAAUAUACAGAAACUGUGCAGCCAAUAUGUCUACCUCCCAAAGAUAUAAAUCCAACUGGCGAUUCUGUCCUUGUCGGAUGGGGAAAACUUUCCAGUCAAAAGAUCAAAUCUUGUCAACAACAAUCUUUGAAAAUGAUAAUUACAUCGAUUCAGGAAUGUUCAAAUUAUUAUACGCAAGGAUACUCGGUAGAGCUUUGCGCAAUAGGAGAUGAAAUGCCUUGUUCCGGGUACAGCGGUAGCCCUCUGUUAUAUAAAUAUGGAGAUACUUAUUUCUUGUUAGGCAUCCUGUCGUACGGUUCCGAUUGUGACUCAACUAACAACUACCCAUCAGUCUUCAUCAAUGUUCAAAGAUAUAUACGCUGGAUUUUAGAAAAUUGUUAAUUAUACGAAGAAUGGAAAAACUAAUUAUCAAAUGUAUCACGUGAAUGUCAACUUACAUUUCAUGUUUAUCAAUCCAAGAUUACGAUUUGUGUUUGAAGAUGUUUAAGUACUUUCCACGUGUCAUCUCUUUCGCCUCUUCCAGUCCUAAUUGAUAAGCCAUGUCGUGUAAUUUUUUUACUUCAGCUAUUAAACCAGUCAUCGACAAAUUUCCAAGUUCUAAAACAA